GUAAUUUUUUCAAAGAAAUAUUUUCCCCACUCUUUCUUGUUGGCAACUUUUGUAAGGUAUGGAUGCUUAGUCCAAAGUAGCGCGUUUUUAGUAUCUGUGAGCUACCUGGCAAGUAAAUAACAAUCAGAUAUGGAAACGGUGCUUGAACAGCAACGUCGCAUCCACGAAGAGCGGGAAAGACUAAUAAACGAAUUGACAAAAGAAAUGCUUUAUAAUCCAACCACACAUAGAGAAAAGUUAAAUUCAGAGCUUCGUUUAAGACUUAUGUAUGAUAGGUACUUUGAUGUAACACAAGAACUAAGAGAUCUGUAUGAAGAUAAAGAUGGGCAAGUUUAUACUUUACUUUUUCGUAUAAUUUUCUAUAGUCUACGAAAGGCUGAUAUUCAGACACUUUCCGGUCCAAAUGAAUUUAAUGAAUUUUAUGAUAGAUUAAAGCAGAUUAAAGAAUUUCAUCGCAAGCACCCUGGCGAGAUAUGUGUUCCAAUGUCUGCCGAGUUUGAAAAGUACAAAGAAAUGAGAGAAAGACCAGAAGAAGCGAAUGCUGUACUUAUUGACUUUUCAGAUGAAGAAGGCUAUGGUCGUUAUCUGGAUUUACAUGAUGUGUAUAAGAAAUAUCUGAAUGUAAAAGGUGUUCCACGCAUAGAUUAUCUCACUUAUAUCUCCUUUUUCGACCGAUUGUACGAUAUAUCUCGUGAUAAAAAGGGAAUAGCUUAUAAAGCCUACCUCGAAGAGUUGCUUGGUUAUCUUGAAAAUUUCGUAUCGCGUGCCAGACCUAUAGUGGAUUUAGAAGAGGAAACUAAAGAAGCGCUUGCUAAAUUUGAAACGCAAUGGACUCAAGGCACAUUUCCUGGUUGGGGCCGUGAGGCAGCAUCUGCCUUAGCGCAUGGAGGUGCUCAUUUGGACUUGACUGCUUUUACAGCCUGGGAAGAACUUGCUUCACUUGGACUUGAUAGGCUUAAGUCAGCGUUACUCGCGUUGGGCUUAAAAUGUGGUGGAACUUUGGAGGAAAGAGCUCGUCGCUUAUGGGCUACAAAAGGGAAAUCACUCGAAGAGUUACCUGCAGAUCUGUUUGUUACAAAACAACGCUCGACUAAAGGUUUCGCCAAGACAGCUGCAUGGGGACAUGUACCUCCAGCGCUAUCUGAAAAGCUAAAAGAAAUCGCUACACUAGAGGCUAGAAUAUACAGACUCAGUGAACUGGUCAAAGAACAUCGCGAAGCUACUAUUGAGAACGUACAACGUCGUCAGGCACGAAUAGGAUUCGAACGAGAUGAAGAUGAUACAGAUGCAGAUAAGGAUGCUACAGGUGCAGAAAACGGUCAGAAUGGUGAAGAGGAUGACGAUAUUCCUUAUAAUCCUAAGAAUCUACCCCUUGGAUGGGAUGGCAAACCUAUUCCAUAUUGGUUGUACAAAUUACAUGGAUUAAAUAUGUAUUAUAGUUGCGAAAUAUGCGGUAAUCAAACAUACCGUGGUCCUAAAGCAUUUCAACAACAUUUUUCUGAAUGGCGACAUGCUCAUGGUAUGCGAUGUUUAGGCAUACCGAAUACAAUUCAUUUUGCUCACGUAACAAAAAUUGAAGAAGCUUUAGCUUUAUGGCAACGAAUAAGAACAAUGAAAGAAGCUGAACGUUGGCGUCCAGAAGUUGAAGAAGAAUUAGAAGAUUCUGUUGGCAAUGUUGUAUCUCGUAAAACCUAUGAAGAUUUAAAACGUCAAGGUCUUCUUUAAAAAAUGUCUUGAAUAAAAUCUUUUCUUAUUCUUGUAAUAUUGUACACUUGUGAAAUAUAAGUUUAUUUUAAUGUA